GCAGCGCUCGCUGGCCACGUAUGUACCCAAAUUCAAGCGUCUGUCCACCCUCCGCUCCUCCCGGCGCGCCUCCCUCCUCCACGUUCGACGACCUACCGCCUCCCCUCGUCGACGCUCUCGCUGUGCUCGUCGCCUUGUUUGGCGUCCUGCUCGCGUUUUGCGGUCAACGCUUCUACCAGACCGCCCUCGCCCUCUCCGCCGGCGUUUGUGCGGGCGGCGCGACGUGGUACCAGCUCGAUGCCACUCUCGUCGCGUCCGGCUCCCUGUCCCCGAUGGCGGGCGUGGGCGUCGCGGCGGGCGUGGGCAUCGUGGCCCUCGCCGCCGUGGCCGCCUGCUCCCUCCUCGGCUUCGUCUUUGCCUCCGCAAGCGCCGGCUCCACCACCGUCGCAAUCGCGCUGCACGUCGCGUCGCCUUCCCCUCCUGAGCCGGUCAUCCUCACCGCCGUGGCGGGCCUCCUCGCGGCGGCGCUCGCCCUGCUCGUGCGCGCCUGCAGCCGGCAGGAUGGGGAGGAGCCGAGCUCGCUCCUCGGCUGCUGCCGCCUCUCGAAAUCGAGAGGCGAUCGCCGCCGCCCCGCCCUGCCCCGCCGCCCCUCACCACUACACACGCUGCGCGCGGAGAGAUGCCGACUCGCCCGCCUCGUCGAGGCGUCGGCCUGCGCUCUGCUGGGAGGCGCUUGCGUCGCCUUUGCCGCCAGCCACUUCCUCCACGCGCCCCUCUCGCCGGAGACAGCCUUCGCGCCUCCAAACAACUCCACCGGCUGCAGCAGCGACAGCGGCGAGUGCGUCCCGCCGGCCAUCGCCGGGCUCGCCGUCGCCGCCGCCGGCCUCGCCGUGCAGGCGGCCGAGUCGAUGAAGUCGUCACUUAGUUGGGGUGGCUUCUACGAGUUGAGUAAGGCUGCCCGCUGCUACGCGCACAGGCGGGCUGCAUCUGCUGCCGCCGGUGGGGGGGAGGCCGCGCCUCGAGCCCUGCCUCGGCUGCUGGCGGCGGAGCCUCCGAGUCUUUGCUCCCCGCUAACGGCCUCGCCGCCGCUGCUGCGCCGCUGCCCGGCGGCGCAACGCCUGCCGGCCCGCGGGGGCGGUCGAGCCGAGGGGGCGGGCUCUCCUUCCUCGAGAUCCUCUCCGCGACGGCGCCUCCUCUGCCUCCCUCUCCGCCCCCCUCUCCCCGGAAGUGGCGCCGCCGCCGCUGGGGACCCGACUCCCAGGGAGUCUGGGGACCCCUCCUCUCGUAGUGGGUGCCCGCCCCUCGCCCGCUCCCCGCUCGACGACGUCCAGGCCCACGUCCAGGCCCACGUCCAGGGCCUCCUACUCCAGUUCCUACUCUGCGCUGGCGAGCCGGCUCCGGCAAAAGUACUUUGGCGACCGCGAAGAAGGGCCCGGCCGCGGCAACACGUCCGACCCGGGGCUGCCGCCGCCGUCGGUGCACUCAGCGUUCUCGCCAGACUUGUCGACGUGAAGCCGGCGCGCGAGACGUCGCAUGUGAGCUCAUUAGAAUAAGGGCCCCUCGCGGGGCGGACGAUGUCGCGAGAGUGCGAGUAGAGCAGUAGAUGCCACAGAGCGCGGCGCCGGUCUUGCGCGGGUACAAGAACUCGUGAGCAGCCACAGUGGCUCCGACCAGCUCUCAUUCCAUGUCUCGCGAGAGAGGACAAUAGCCCCUUGUCCUUUUCACCACUCGCGAGUGUGGAGAGGCGCGAGCGGCGCGCGCCGUGUGUUGGGACUUGGGUGUAUGGCAGACGGAUGUGCACACAGUGGGGCGCGAGAGCCGCAUGUGGAGAGGCAGCCCCCGCGAGAGCCCGAGAGAGCCCCGAGAGUGUGUGCAGUGUGGAGAGAGCCGAGUGAGUGUGGAGAGAGAGACGGCGCAAGCCGCAACCAUAUUUUGUCAUUUGCCGUGUCUGC